UUUAAUCUCCAAAACCGUGCGGAAAAUCGAGUUUUAUCAAAAUGGAAGAAGUAGACAGAGUUGUUCUUUUGUUGGCCAUUUUCUCAACAUCGCAGAUAAAUUGCCAAGAAGCUAUCUUGCACAUCCCGAAAGGAAAUGAAUAUAAGGAUUUCUGUAUUGUUCACAAUCACUCCUGGACUCCUCUUUCUCCUACACUUGAUGCUGCAGGACAGUACCCACUGGUGAAUUUGACGUCAACUUUGCUGUGCAACGCCUCAGGGGUCAGUCCAGAUGUAGUUAAGGGCAAGGCGGUGGUGGUGAUGAGGGGGGACUGUGAUUUCAGCGAGAAAGCUCUUGUUGCCCAGAACCUUGGAGCUACAACUUUGCUCAUUGCCAGCAACAAAUCACUGAUCACACCUUCAGCCAAUGACUCAGAGUAUCCGAAGGUCCAAAUUCCUCUGGCUCUCAUGAGGUAUAGAGACUUUGUGGAGGCACAGCAGGUGUUUGGUGAAGGGAUGCAAGUGAAGCUGUAUGUGCCGCCUUAUGCAAAGAUCGAUCCAAGUAUUGCAGUCAUCCUACUGAUUUCUGCUUUAACAGUCAACUUAGGGGGCUUCUGGAAUGGUGCAAGUGAGAGGUGA